UUCAUACAAUUACAAACCCAUUAGCAUUAGCAGCGGGGGCAGCGUUAACAAACCGCCGCCGCCGCCGUCCCAGGAAAAGGGUCUCCGGCCUAUCAGUUAUUACAAGCUAGCAGUUCUCGUGUUCAUGGCGGGUCAGUCGAGGAAAUGGAUGAUUCUGGUGGCCACGAUUUGGAUUCAGGCAUUCACCGGAACCAACUUCGACUUCUCGUCCUACUCGUCGGUGUUGAAAUCCGUGCUGGGGAUUUCGCAAGUGCAGCUGAAUUACUUGGCCACUGCCUCCGAUUUGGGCAAGGUUUUCGGGUGGUCGUCCGGUUUGGCCUUGAUGUAUUUUCCUUUGUGGGUUGUGCUCUUCAUGGCUGCCUUCAUGGGGUUCGUCGGUUACGGCCUUCAAUGGCUCGUCAUCCGGCAAAUCAUCGUCUUGCCUUAUUUCGUGAUGUUUCUUCUGUGUUUGUUGGCUGGGUGUAGCAUCUGUUGGUUCAACACAGUAUGCUUCGUUCUUUGCAUUCGGAAUUUCCCAGCUAAUCAACCCUUAGCAAUAUCACUCACAGUGAGCUUUAAUGGUGUAAGUGCGGCCUUAUACAACCUCGCUGCAGAUGCAAUUGACUCCUCUUCCACUUCUUUAUUUCUCUUUUUGAAUGCUGUCAUUCCUCUUAUCACUUCUGUAGCAGCAUUGAUCCCAAUUCUCCGACAACCCUCUCUCGACCCCCUUCCACCUGAUGGAGUUCGUCGUGACUCCAUCAUUUUUCUCUUUUUGAAUAUCCUAGCUGUUCUAACUGGCAUUUACCUUCUUCUCUUUGGUUCAUCCUCUUUUGACACAGCAACUGCUCGCGUCUUCUUGGCUGGAGCCAUUUUCCUACUCAUUUUCCCUUUGUAUAUUCCUGGCAUUGUCUAUGCUAGGAACUGGUUUCUUCAUGCCGUUCAUUCUAACAUCCGCAUUGAAGGUUCAGGCUUCAUUCUUGUUGAUGUAGAUGAUCUCGAGCUACACAAAGAGCUCCUGACUCGUGAGCCUAGUAUCAAUGGGAAUGGAUCACUUUCUCACCUCUUGGUCUAUAAUGGUGCAUCCGCUGAAAGUUUGUCAUUUCGAAACAAGAAUGCGGAGUACACAGGGUGUUUUGGAACAAUUGUUGGAAAGAAUCAAUUGGCAAUGCUAGGAGAAGAGCACUCUGCGAGACUGCUUGUGAGAAGGUUGGAUUUUUGGCUGUACUACAUUGCAUACUUUUGUGGAGGUACCAUUGGUCUUGUUUACAGUAACAAUCUUGGACAGAUAGCUCAAUCACUAGGGCAGAGCUCCAAUACCACAACACUUGUGACUCUCUAUUCAUCGUUCUCAUUCUUCGGCCGGUUGCUAUCAGCUGUACCCGACUACAUACGAGCGAAGUUCUAUUUUGCGAGAACAGGAUGGCUAACCAUAGCACUUUUGCCAACCCCAGUUGCUUUCAUAUUGCUUGCUGGAUCAAGCGGUACCUUGGCUUUGCACACCGGCACUGCACUGAUCGGAAUGAGCUCCGGUUUCAUUUUUGCGGCUGCUGUUUCAAUUACUUCGGAGUUGUUCGGGCCUAACAGUGUAGGUGUCAAUCACAACAUUCUCAUUACAAACAUACCACUUGGUUCACUUGUUUAUGGUUUUCUAGCUGCAAUUGUUUACGAUGCCAAUGUAAGCACUGGCCUCAGCAUCAUAUCAGCUGACACAAUAGUAUGCAUGGGGAGGAACUGCUAUUUCCUAACAUUUGUGGGGUGGGCGUGCAUAUCUGUUUUAGGGCUAGCUUCAAGUGUGCUCUUAUUCUUAAGAACUAGACAUGCAUAUGACCAUUUUGAGCAUAAUCGUUCAACACAACUGUACUAGCUUAGAGUGUUGUUAGCUUACAGAUAACACAUUCCUUAGGUUACUAAAUUUUGAAGGGAGUGACAACAAGCUUUAUUUCUUAAGCUUUGAGAAAAAGUUUAAAUUUAACAAAAUCAAUGAAGCUGUAGUCCAUAUUCUUGUACUAAUGAUGAUACAAUAUAUA